GCCCGUCAGAAGAUUCAGAAGACUCCGGCAGCGAUGGGCUCAAAGUUCAGUUCACCGACACCGACGGAGAUGUAGUCCUACUUCGGGUGGAGGAUGAUCAUGUUGCUGAAUAUGUAAACGGUGAGCCCGAGUUGGAACGUGUGGAGCGCUUUGAGAUCGACAUGGAAAAGCGUAUUUACCAUGACGAUUCGGGAGAAGGUCGUUUUGAAGAUGCGGAAGACAUCAAGGAGAUUGAUGUGAAAGUCAAGGAACUUUUCGCAGAAGCAUCGCGAGCUGCACUGACGAAGCCCAAGCGGGUGAAGAACUACACGAAACCCAAUAUCCUUCUGCUUGGUCCAACUGGCAGCGGAAAGACGUACUUGUUGCGAAAUCUGGCGGAUCUGAUUGGGGUGCCAUUCGUGAAAGCAGACGCGACCAAGUUCACAGAGACUGGAUAUGUUGGACGUGAUGCUGACGAGGUCAUGAGUGAAUUGCUUCAAGCCGCUGAUGGUGAUGUCGAGCUUGCCCAGGUGGGCAUCGUCUAUGUGGACGAGAUCGACAAGGUUUGUUCUGAGGGAGCUGGGCGCACCUCCUCCUUCAGGCGGGCUACACAAAGCACGUUCUUGAAGCUCAUGGAGGACACGGAAGUGACUGUGGGCUCUCAAGGACCAAGACUUGUUCUUGGCGGCCUGGGCGGAGACAAGGGCACGAAGAUGUCAACAAGGCAUGUGCUUUUUGUCUUCUCCGGCGCCUUCAGCCAGCUAGAUGAGAAGCUGAAGGAGGAUCACAUUCGCGACAUGAAGGGCUUUGGCUUUACUGCAGAAAAUGGUGGGAAGCCUGAAGACGUCAAGUCGAUGCUUCACAAGGCAGACACUGAAGAACUCGUGAAAGCUGGCAUGGAGAGGGAGUUUGUUGGUCGCUUGCCGGUGCGCGUUGCACUUCAAGCCCUGUCAGACGAAGACCUCUUCCAGGUACUGACGACAGCGGAAGAUGGCGCAACUUCUCAGCUCGUAGAUGAUUUCCGACGCUACGGGAUUGAGCUUCGCUUCACAGAGGAGGCACUGCGCACUGUCGCAAAGAAAGCUGCCACGGAGGGCACAGGCGCACGCGCCCUC